CAAACAAAAAUAUUUACAACUCAGAGAAAAAAAAAAAAGGGACAGCAAGUUUUUAUGGCUCCCCAAGACAAAAAUGCGAGCAAAAUCUUGAAGAAAGCUAAAGUUACUGGAAGUACGAGCAGCCAAGAGGUGCAUUUCAGGGGAGUAAGGAAGAGGCCAUGGGGUAGGUACGCUGCCGAAAUCAGAGAUCCCGGCAAGAAAAGCCGUGUUUGGCUUGGUACUUUCGAUACGGCUGAGGAAGCUGCCAGAGCCUACGACGCGGCGGCGCGUGAGUUUCGUGGACCUAAGGCUAAGACCAACUUCCCUUUACCGGAUGAAACCAACUGUUACAAGGGCCAGAACCAGCAGAGCCCUAGCCAAAGCAGCACGGUGGAGGAAUCUGGAAGCCCAACGGUGGAGCGUGGAGUCAAGACCUUGUCCGGGGCAGUAGGGAGAUUCCCUUUCGCGUGCCACCAGCAGCUGGCUCUGGGUGGUGGAGUCGCUAAUGGUGGGAUUAGCGGGGUGACUCGGUCGCGGCCGGUUCUAUUUUUCGAAGCGCUGGGGGGAGCUGGCGUUGUUGGUCAGGUUUAUCCGGUUCGGUUCGAUCCGGUGGGAGUACAGUUGGGUAUGGGAUUUGCAAGUGUAGUCCGAAGUGAACCGGACUCUUCAUCGGCCAUUCAUUGCAAGGCAAGGAGACCUGGCCUUGCCCUCGAUCUUAACCUUCCUCCUCCAGUCGAUGCUUGAUGUUUUGCAUAUUUUUUUUUAAACGGAAAACGCCUUUUCAUCAUCUUAAAUUUAGGCAUCUGAGAGGUAGGAAGCUAUGAUAAACAAGAGGUGAUAGUAAUCCGUGUUUUGUAUCAUUUUAGACACGGUUUUAUCCUUUAAAUCCGAUGUAAAUAGUUUUACGACAGUAAUCCGUGUUUGCAAACUGAGAGGACAACUAUGAUCCAUUAUCUGAGAUGAUUUUGUUUAUAACCUCUCGUUCAAAAAUUAACCAUUCUUUUUUACUUUUAAUGAGAAUCUUUCCUAA